AUGAAAGUUUUCGAGUUGAUAGGAGUAAUGGUCAUCCUCACCUCCGUGUUCUCAGCCUCUUCUGGACAAAAUCCAAUGACUGUGCUAUGCUCCACAGACUGGUUCAUGGUCACGGUGCACCCCUUCAUGUUGAACAACGAUGUAUAUGUACACUUUCAUGAGUUACACUUGGGCCUGGGUUGUCCUGUCAACCAUGUUAAGCCACAUAUGUAUCAGUUCACCUACCGUGUUACUGAAUGUGGCAUCAGGGCCAAGGCUGUCUCUCAGGAUAUGGUUAUGUACAGCACGGAGAUAUACUACACUUCAAAGGGUACCUCAUCUAAGUAUGUGAUCCCAGUGUCAUGCACUGCCCCCCAGAAUUCCCCAUGGCUCACUAUUCCUUACUCCAUGAAAGGAGCCAGUGAGAUAGUGACCACAACCCAAGACAGUGAGACAUGCAAUGAGGUGUUCACCUUGUCACAGUCUAGCCAAAGGCCCAACUGUGAUUGUGCACCUUGAGUCUUCAGUGAAGUAGAGCAUACCCAGGCUCCACAUCGCCAAGCAGAGGCUCAGGAGGGCCAUUCUGCACAGUCAUCUUUCUUUGUGGUUAUUUCUAGGGAUUGGUUUCUUCACUCAGAUGAUCUGAUUGAGUCCAUGUGA